UUUUUUUUUUUUUUGCUGUUAAGAUGAGCGUUAAUAGAUUGGGUGACCUUCAAAAGGAACAAAGUAAUCUCGGCAACAAUGGAGGAGGAGGAUAUGAGAUGCGACCUCUUUUGUCUUCAUCAGGCGAGAUUGCUUCAGUACAAGGAUUUCUUAACCAAGUGUCGCAUGUGCGUGAAAGUAUCAAACAAAUCAACCAGAACGUGUCUCGUAUCCAAUCGUAUCAAUCCAGCUUACUUCAGACAGCUGAUGCGUCCGAGUUGGAAAGAAACAGAGAGAACAUUGAUAACCUAACAACCGAAACACAGACAAUUAUGACACAUGUAAAGCAAAAGUUAAAGGAGAUAGAACCCACCAGUCGUCAUACGGAUUUAGCUAUGCGAAAGAAUGCCUUUAGUACUGUCACCAAGAACUUUAUGGAUGCUAUUGAGAAUCAUCGUCGAGUAGCUAGUGAAUUCCAAAGAGCAGAGGGACAACAAUUGGAACGACAAAUUAAGAUUGCUAACCCUAAUGCAACACCACAAGAGAUUCAACAGGCUAUUGCUAGUGCUGAACAAGGUAGAGGAGCUGUCUUUGCUCAACAGUUAAUGCAGUCAGUUAGUGGUGAUUAUAGACGUCAAGGUGCUCAAAAUACCCUCGAUGCCGUUCAGGAACGUCAUGAAGAUAUCCGUAAAUUAGCCAAGAGUGUCCAAGAGCUUUCUGUUCUCUUUGAGGAGAUGCAGGAUAUGUUGGAAGCUCAAGGCAAGGUUUUAGAGACGAUUGAGCAAAGUGCAGCUGAAACUACAGAGUAUGUCAAAACUGGUUAUGAAGAUGUUGAAAAGGCUAAAGUCUCUGCUAUUGCUACUCGUCGUAAGAAGUGGAUUUGCUUUGGUAUUUUCAUUAUUAUUUUGGUCAUCAUUGCCAUUAUUCUAGCCAUUUAUAUUCCAAAGAACAACAAUAAUAAUAACAAUGGUACUCAAUAAUCUCUCUCUCUCUCUCUCUCUCU